AUGACAACUGCUAGAAUCUGCGAAUUCAAUAAGAAAUUUAAUACUAAUUUUCAAAUUUAUAUGCCCAAACAUAGACAUUUUCAACCAAAGAAAGUAACCGAAGAAUUAGAUUGGGUUUUUUAUUUACACAAAGAACAUUUCUGUUUGAUAAGAAGAAAUAACAAAGCUUUGGGCAUUAAAGAAAUAGAAGAUAAUUACGAUGAAAACGUAUGGAGAACUUGUGAAGAUGAUAAUGUGGUAACGCAAGUUUCACCUCUAAAACUAAACGUUUUUCCAACCAUUCCCGAUUAUUGUUUAUACGCAUGGCAUUGCGAAACCUAUUGCGAAAAAGAAACGAAUAAAGCCAUUCCUUAUUGUUGUACUUUAGUCAAUUUGGAAAAACUGAGGAAAAGAUUAGAUGAUUAUAAUAAUUAUUUAAGUGAUUUAAGUGAUUUUAAUGAGACUCUAGAUUUUAAGCCGUCAGAUCCCAUUUCAGAAGAAUAUUACAACAUACUCAUGACUAAUAUAGUAGAAAUAUUUGUAGGUACAGAUUGUAUAGAUCAAAUGUUACAACGUUUAGGAAAAGUAGAUCAGAAAAGACUAACCUUAAUUUCCCAUAACUGCAGUGGUUUUGAUAACUGGAUCAUGAUCAAAAACGUAAAAAAACUAACACAAUGCCCUUUAAAAACAGCUAGAGGAAUUCUGUCUCUAUCUUUAACUAAUUCAUUCACUGAUGAAGAUUUUACAGAAAAAAUGGAAAAGACAGAAAGAAAUAAAGGGUAA